UGCUCGAGCGGCAAUGCGGACUACGAGCACGCGAGGGUGCUCCACCCGAGGUCCCAGGAGAUCCCCUGGAGCGAGGAGCUCGCCAACUCCGUCCGCCUGAUCGGAAUCGCAGGGGCGCCCAUUCAAAUCAAGCAUCUCAGCAGCGGAAAGGUCGUCGCAUGGACCCGCCUCGGCGUCAAGAAAUCCGCCUCCGAGACCACCUGGAUCAACCUGACAUUAUGGGAUGAGUUGGCCCAUGUAUCCGGGCAGCUUGUGUUGGAUGUUGUCAAAGGGGACAAUGAGAGGCGGCAGGUUUAUUACAAGGUGGUAGUUCAGCAGCUGAAUUUUAUUGAGAGAAGCUUCCCGCCAGCAUUGUUGUAUGAACCAGGGACAAAAUCUGGGGCCUCAGGUGCAAAGCUUGGGAAUUAUUUGAGCAAAUCUUCUCCUUCAACUGAAGAGCUGUGGCAGGUAUUCUUUGCUAAUCCAAUGGAUUGGUGGGAUGACAGGAAAAAUAAGAAAAACCCGAAAUAUCCAGAUUUUAAGCACAAGCAUGCCGGCAAAGCUCUAUGGGUUGAAGCAAAUUACAACCCACCAUGGGUGAAGUCUCAAUUGGCAAUAUUAGACUCAAGAAUGGGUUCUCUCCAAGCUAAUGGGACAAGCUCUUCUGUUUCUGUUAUGUACAGUGAUGAUUUCGCACCAUUUUAGUUGUGCCUUGGUUACAUUGGAUUCUAGUUGCUAUGCCAAAUGAUCAAUGUCAGCUUAGCAGGUUAUGCUCAGCAGCUCAGGGAUGUAUACCUUAAACCAGCCUCUUGGUUGUAGGCUACUUGAUGAAUUUGUACCUCUCCCAGAGAUGGGUUCAAGAGUCUGUAUCACUUUGGGUACACGGUCAUCAAUGUUUAUUUAUGUACUAACAACAUUGUUUAUGUUUCAAAUCGGAGGGCAAUCUUACAAGUAAUCCUCAUAAUCUUAGAUAUGAUGGGGGUUAAUUAGUUACUUGGUUAUCAACAGAAAAGCAGCCGUAUGAAUGUUGCACUUUCAAGGGGCACUUGAGUUCUGACGAUUGAAUGAAACGUGGACUUUCUUCAAUUCGUAUCAUAAUGAGGAAGAUCUAUGACACUCAUCAUGUCUGCUGUUAUUACCAACUGCAUAAAUAGCCAGGACUCAGCUGGUUCUCUGAUAUUCCAACCCCCAGCAUGUGGAACGGGAUAGCUUGGGAGUUAUUAAUUAUUAAAUCAGCAGUUUUUCAUAUAUGGUGCGGUAGUUAGUAUAUGCUGCUUGUAGAGGUGCAGCUGUAGGAACAAGGUUGGACAGCUCUCUGAAAACAGAGGAAUUCAGAAGGUUGCUGUAAAAUGGUUUCUACCAACAUUGGGUGCUCCUCCAUCUCAUUCAUGUGCAUGGCGUCUCCGUUGGAAAAUUUUCUCUCUUGCUUCCGUUCAUGGAAUAUGGACUACCUUUAGAUCUUGUCAAUCUAUGCCAGGUUUCAGUGGCACAUUUAUCUGUUCAACUCAACAUCAGAAUACCAUUAAUGGAGAACUGUCUUCUUCGUUGACUCUGAUUGACAUCAGGUAGGAGUGGUGUCAUGGACUUGAUCGCGUGCCCCUCGCUUCAGCUCCUCUCAUUAUUCUCAGCCUUUUGCAAGAGGAGAUGAACAUCCUGCAAAUAAAAGAAGCCUAUAAGUUAAUUGAAAGGAAGAAGAAGAAAAAGAAGACUGAUGCGCGCCGUGACAUACUAAUAUGCAAAAAUAGUUGGAUACUUACUCCCAUGGAACAUCUCCUACCAACAUCCAGUCGCCAUCUUUGUCUUCAUAGGUGAUGGCAUACUUCGGUCCAUCGCAUCCUUCCAUCCCUGAAAGCUCGCCUGAAGAGAUUAAAAAGAAUCUUUAUUAUCAUUUUAUUUAUUUUUGCUGUGCUCUUAACAAUGUGAUCAUUUUGUUAGAAACAAGCAUGCUUCUCACCUAUAGAAAAGCAUCUGAACAUGUUGUCCAA